AUGCUCAUCAUAGUCUUCGCCCUGUCGCUGCUGGGCCUGUUUGCACCAUGGGUUGAAGGGCAAUACUCCGAGCUGCUCGAGCUGCGUCCGCUUCCACAAUCUCAGCUUCUCGCUGCCUUCAACUUCAAGGCCAACACGACCUUGUCCGACUUUGACGCCCAGAACUACCGCCUGUUCCCUCGUUCUCUCGGUCAGAUCCUGCAACAUACACAUGCCCGGGAACUGCAUCUCCGCUUCAGUCUUGGCCGCUGGGAUUCGGAAAACUGGGGCCAGCGACCGCGACAUGGUCGUCGUGAAGGAGGUACCGGUGUCGAACUAUGGGCUUGGGUCGACGCAGACUCGCAUGAGCAGGCCAAUGCUCGCUGGUUGACUCUGAGCAAUGCUCUGUCUGGUCUCUUCUGCGCUUCCAUGAACUUCAUCGAUUCGACCAAAACAAUUCGCCCUGCCAUGACCUUUGCUCUGGAGGGCUCCCAUCCGAACCCUUCCACACUACACCUACUGCAUGGCGCUCUGCCCCAUGAAGUCAUCUGUACCGAGAACCUGACUCCUUUCUUGAAGCUUCUGCCCUGCAAGGGAAAGGCCGGCAUCUCGACUCUUCUGGACGGUCAUAAAUUGUUCGACGCCUCAUGGCAGACAAUGGCCAUCGACGUGCGCCCUGUAUGCCCACUCGAUGGCAGCGAGUGCUUGUUGGAGAUUGAACAGACGGUAGAUAUGGUCCUCGACCUUGACCGCUCCAUGAGGUCCCAGAGUGAUCCCAUUCCGAGGCCUCCACCUCUUGAGGAAAUCGACUGCAACACAGACAAGUGGUACAACAACCCCGAUACCUGCUACCCUCGCGAGCGGUCUACCGAGCGUGCUUGGACCCUGGGCAAGGUCUUUGGCCGUUCUCUUCGUGGCUCUUGCCAUGUAAAUGAAGGUGCUGCACCCGAAUCUGUUAUUCUGCACACCGCCGCUGGGCAAGAGAGUGAGGUAACUGCCGAAGAGCCUUACACAGAGCACAAUUCCGGGGACGGCCUUCUACGCUACGUUCUCCCAGAGUCUGGAGCCUUUGACAUUGCCUUGGGCGAACAGCCUCUGAUUCUACCGUCAACUCUCGAACAGCCGCGCCUUCGCGCUGAACGAACCAUGGUUGGCUACGGUCAAGAGAGAGGAGGUAUGCGCAUCGUGCUUACCAACCCUUCUCUCACCGAGGCUGUCGAUCUCGUUUAUCUCGAGUCUUUGCCAUGGUUCAUGAAGCCAUAUCUCCAUACCUUGCAUGCUUCCAUCAAUUCUGUUCCCUCCCCUUCCUCCAUCCAGCAGACCUUCUACAGACCAGCCAUAGACCGUGCCCGGGGCACUCACCUCGAGUUGCGCCUCCAUGUUCCUGCUGGCAGCGCUCUGGUCUUGACUUACGAUUUUGAGAAAGCUAUUCUGAGAUACACGGAGUACCCUCCCGACGCAAACCGUGGGUUUGAUGUCGCGCCGUCGAUAGUCAAGCUGCUGUCCAAUUCGACCGAUUCCCAUCACAACAUACCCGUCUAUCUUCGCACCACUUCCAUGCUUCUUCCCCUUCCUACUCCCGACUUUAGCAUGCCUUACAAUGUCAUCAUUUUGACCAGCACUGUCAUGGCCAUGGCGUUCGGCAGCAUUUUCAACCUGAUCGUUCGUCGUUUUGUCGCUGCUGAUGAAGUCGAGCCUGCAGGUAUCGUUGCUCUGAAAGCAAAGGUCCAAGCUGUCGUCCUGAAUCUGAAGCAGAAGAUUCAGAAGAACAAGGCGGUCAAGGUAGCUGACCAACAUGGCGAGAACAAAAAAGUACGGUAA